AUGUCCAAUCAAAGCCCCUCUUCCUCCAUUCUGAAGCUUUUCGGCUUCCCAUUGGUCGAACACGACGACAAUCCGCCGGAGACACCCAACGCCGCCGGCAUUGACACCAACUUCGACGACGACGACAGAAAGUUUCGCUGCCAAUUUUGCCGCCGAGUUUUCGCCAACUCGCAAGCCCUCGGCGGCCACCAAAAUGCCCACAAGAGAGAGCGUCAAAGAGCCAAACGCGCCCUUUAUUUCCAUGCCGCCGCACUCAGACCGCCGUCGCUUUACUCCGGCGUUUUCCCGACCAACAUUGGUGGUGCCGGUGCUGGUGGUUCUAGAAUUCUGCCUAGGAACGGUAACGGCUACUUUGCAGCGGCUGCGGCGGCGUACGGCGGCGUAUCAGCGUCAUCAGGGCGGUGGAUGUUUGGGAAUUCGGGCGAAGAGAAAAUGGAAAAUUCAGGGUGUAAAUUGGGAGGUGAAAAGGGAUUAUGUGUUGAUCUUCAUCUUAAACUUUCUCCAUCUAAUUCAUCUAAUUAA